AUGCCCGAGCCGGCCAAGUCCGCCCCCGCGCCCAAGAAGGGCUCCAAGAAAGCCGUCACCAAGACGCAGAAGAAGGGCGACAAGAAGCGCAAGAAGAGCCGCAAGGAGAGCUACUCCAUCUACGUGUACAAGGUGCUGAAGCAGGUGCACCCCGACACGGGCAUCUCGUCCAAGGCCAUGGGCAUCAUGAACUCCUUCGUCAACGACAUCUUCGAGCGCAUCGCGGGCGAGGCCUCGCGCCUGGCGCACUACAACAAGCGCUCCACCAUCACGUCGCGGGAGAUCCAGACGGCCGUGCGCCUGCUGCUGCCCGGCGAGCUGGCCAAGCACGCCGUGUCCGAGGGCACCAAGGCUGUCACCAAGUACACCAGCUCCAAGUAAAUACUUGGCAAAAACAUUGCUCAACCCAAAGGCUCUUUUAAGAGCCACCCACUUUUUCAAUAAAAGAGCUGAACCACCAAGGAUAGGAAUCCUACUGCAUUGUUCCAGUCGGGAGGGAACCGAAAUGAUUACUGGAUACUCAUCCAUGUAUAGCAUUGCUGUUAUGAGAUCGGCCACUUGAUGGUGCUCAGUCUCCGGAGUUUUUUGGGGUUGCAGUUAUUUUUGUCACAGGAGCGAGAGAUGAGUACAGCGCACUGUACAAUAAAGGAAUUUAUGCGGCGGUAAGUAGCAUUUACCUUAAACUCUUGCUAAUAGCCCAGUAACCAAUAAACCUCAGAAGCACUUUCUAAAAUC